AGCCGAGCCCCACGGCCCACUUGCCAUCCUCCCGCGAUCGGCUCUCCCACCUCCUGCCGAACCGGUGUCUCUCCGCCCUCCGGAACUUGGUGGCUGCAGCACAGUUCCCAACCGGCUUCCUCGACGGCCGGAAGCGGAAGUGCUCGGAAGCGGCUGACCGAAGGCAUCCAGAUGACGAAGGCAGGCGCGCCAUGGAGCAGGUGACGGAGGGUACCUGGGCGUCGUUGCCGGUUCCCCUGCACCCGCGGGUGCUGGCGGCUCUGCGGGAGCUGGGUUUCCCGUACAUGACGCCGGUGCAGUCUGCAACCAUCCCUCUGUUCAUGAAAAACAAAGAUGUGGCCGCAGAAGCGGUCACAGGGAGUGGCAAAACCCUUGCUUUUGUCAUCCCCAUCCUGGAGAUCCUCCUGAGAAGGGAAGAGAAGUUAAGAAAAAGUCAGGUUGGUGCUAUAAUCAUCACACCCACCCGGGAACUGGCUCUUCAGAUUGACGAGGUCCUGUCACACUUCACGAAGCACUUCCCGCAGUUUAGCCAGAUUCUUUGGAUUGGAGGCAGGAAUCCUGGAGAAGAUGUUGAGAGGUUUAAGGAACAAGGUGGAAACAUCAUUGUGGCGACUCCAGGCCGCUUGGAGGACAUGUUCCGAAGGAAGGCUGAGGGGCUGGACUUGGCUAGUUGUGUGAAAUCCCUUGAUGUCCUCGUGUUGGAUGAAGCAGACAGACUUUUGGACAUGGGAUUUGAAGCAAGUAUAAACACCAUUCUGGAGCUUUUGCCAAAGCAGAGGAGAACAGGCCUUUUCUCUGCCACUCAGACGCAGGAAGUGGAGAACUUGGUGAGAGCAGGCCUCCGGAACCCUGUCCGGAUCUCAGUGAAGGAGAAGGGCGUGGCAGCCAGCAGCACCCAGAAAACCCCAUCCCGCCUGGAGAACUACUACAUGGUAUGUAAGGCAGAUGAGAAAUUCAAUCAACUGGUACAUUUUCUUCGAAAUCAUAAGCAGGAAAAGCAUCUGGUAUUCUUCAGCACCUGUGCCUGUGUGGAAUACUACAGCAAGGCUCUGGAGGCCCUGGUGAGGAAUGUGAAGAUAAUGUGCAUCCAUGGAAAGAUGAAAUAUAAGCGCAAUAAGAUCUUCAUGGAGUUCCGCCAGUUGCAAAGUGGAAUUCUGGUGUGCACCGAUGUGAUGGCCCGGGGAGUAGAUAUUCCUGAAGUUAACUGGGUUUUGCAAUAUGACCCUCCCAGCAAUGCAAGUGCCUUUGUACAUCGCUGUGGCCGCACAGCCCGCAUCGGCCACGGCGGCAGUGCCCUUGUGUUCCUCCUUCCCAUGGAAGAGUCAUACAUCAAUUUCCUCGCAAUUAACCAGAAAUGCCCCCUGCAGGAAAUGAAACCACAGAGAAACACAGUUGACCUACUUCCAAAGCUGAAGUCUUUAGCCCUGGCAGACAGAGCCAUGUUUGAAAAGGGAAUGAAAGCUUUUGUGUCGUAUGUCCAGGCUUAUGCAAAGCAUGAAUGCAACCUCAUCUUCAGAUUAAAGGAUCUUGAUUUUGCUAGUCUUGCUCAAGGUUUUGCCCUGCUCAGGAUGCCCAAGAUGCCAGAACUGAGAGGAAAGCAGUUUCCAGAUUUUGUGCCUGUGGAUGUUAAUACGGACACUAUUCCAUUUAAAGAUAAAAUUAGAGAAAAGCAGAGGCAGAAACGACUGGAGCAACAAAGAAAAGAGAAAACAGAAAACAAAGGGACAAGAAAAUUCAUCAAAAACAAAGCUUGGUCAAAGCAGAAGGCCAAAAAGGAAAAGAAGAAAAAAAUGAAUGAAAAAAGGAAAAGGGAAGAGGGUUCUGAUAUUGAAGAUGAGGACAUGGAGGAACUUCUUAGUGAUACAAGACUCUUGAAAAAGUUUAAAAAAGGCAAAAUUACUGAAGAAGAAUUUGAGAAGGGAUUGUUGACAAGUGGCAAAAAAAAAAUCAACACAGAGUUAGAGAUCUCAGAUUUGGAAGAUGACUGCUGAUUCUAGCGCCUCAGACGUACCACAGAAGAGAACAGAGCAAGGGAAUAGGAUGCACAAAUCCCAAACUCACGGACAGCUCACAUUUGUUUUCACUGCAAAUCAGACCUUCAGUAGAAGUCUAUGAAGAAUCAUGUUUCCGAAAGCUACCCUUUCAGACCUGGGAGGAUAAUUGGUCUUGAAGAAGUAUAACAAAAAAUAUAUAAAAUUAUUUGGAUGUAAAUAAUAGAUGCCAAUAUUUAUUUUGAUGGGUCAUCUAUAUAUAAUUAAAAAACUCAUUUUUCUAUGAAUAUUUUAUACUUAUUUUAAAAUAUAAAGACAUUAAAAUAUAUUUGAUUGUGAA